GUCAUUUAAACAAGGUCAGUUGGCUCCAAAGUAGGGAUAUAAUCUACUCCAGAGAGGCUGCUGUUUUCAUAAUACUGCAGCCACACAAAUAGUACUUCUUGUGAUGAGCUGUCUUUAGUGGAACAAUACCUUUUUUUUUUCACCUGCCAGGUAUCAUGGAGGAGCACUGCGAGGUGGUCCCCAGACCGUUCCUGUGCUGCCGGCUGUGCGGGGACGAGUUCCAGCAGCCCAAGAUGCUGCCGUGCCUGCACUCGUUCUGCAAGACAUGCAUCGAGGGCUACGUGGACUCCAACAAGGACGAAGACAGCUACUUCGCGUGCCCCGUGUGCGGCACAGAGACAACCAUCCAGGAGGAGCACGCCGAGAAGCUGCCCGACAACAUGUUCGCUCGGAGACUCAGCAACCCCGUCGUCCACGUGCCUGUCUCCAGGAGGGACAGACAGCUCCAGUCGUGUCGCACUUGCCAGCAGAACGGCAGCAGAGCGGAGGCCGACAUGCACUGCAUCAACUGCGAUGACUUCCUCUGUACGACAUGCUCAGAGAGUCACCAGCUGGAAGUGGAGACCGCCAGCCACAAGAUGCUGAGCAUAAAGGAAGAAGGCGAGCCCAAGUCGACUGGGUCUUCCACGCCGACCGAUCCCGACAUACUGCCACGCUGCUGCGAAUACUACGAUCCCUACGACAUCGGCUCCAUGUUCUGUGUGGACUGCAACAUGACGCUGUGCUCAGAGUGUCACCCAAAAGACCACAAUGAUCACAGGUGUGCUGAGCUCUCUGCCGUGGCCGAUAACUUUGAGAACAAGAUAAAGGUCCCCAUAUCAGAGUUGGCCCACGAUGCUGAAACGCUGAACGCCUCGUUGUCAGACCUACAAAUGUCCAGAAACAUUAUCAACGGUGAGCAGAGCGAACUACGAAAAACUGUCCACAGCAGAACUAAAUUCCUCUGCAAGAUGAUAAAGGAGUACGAAUCAUUUGUGCUGGAGGAGAUCGACAAGCGGUACAAUAACUACCUACAAAACAUUGAGGAACAAGAGUGUGAAAUAAAUCUCCGGCUUGAAUCCAUCCAAGCUGUUACGGACUUCACAGAGAAGCUUGUUUCGUUUGGAUCAUCGGAGGAGAAGGUGGCCAUGCGGCACAGGAUCGGGAGGAGGGUGCGUGAGUUGUGUGAGGAGGAGCUGCCGAUGGUGCAGACAGAAAUGACGAAUCACUGCCUGUACCAGCCGGACGUCAACGUGGAAACCAUCUGUGAUCUGUUUGGUGAACUCAAGGCAGGGAAGAACUCCACCAGAAUGAACUCGAGAAAGACCAGUGCAGCAACGUCUGGCCUGACGAGCACCAGUGACUCUGUGGAUCAGAACAACACGGAACUCACCGAGCUGGAGGAAUAUGAGGACAGGGAUAGUGACAUGCUCAGCGCCAGCUACGCGAGCGAUCCCUUCCGCAGCAGCAACACCAGCGACCAGAUGCAUCUCCUGGCAUCUUCCAAUGAGCCGGUGGAAGAAUCUUCAUUUCAGUCAUCGGGCCAGGAUGACGUCCCGUGCCAGAAUCUGACCACGCCCCAAAAAGAGCUUCCCUUGCCUGUGAACAUUCAGAGAGACUGCAUCAAGGGUGUUGCAAUAAAUGCCAAUGGAGAUAUCGUCAUAGCGACUGUUUCCAACGGAAUCAAUAUGAUAUAUUACAUAGAGAAACGAGGCAUAGUUCGAGGACAGAUCCAGAUAGAGAAAGGUUGGACGAUCCACUCGGUGGCAGCAGACGGCAAAGUGGCACUUAUGAUUGCAAGGGGAGACAAUCGAUACAAGGUGAGGGUCAUGUCGGCUGAUGGGUCGGGCGCAAUUCUAGCAGACGUACAUCUGGAAAGUUUCGGUCUUAACUACAUGACGGCCAGUUCGUGCUGCCAGGUGAUCGUCUCAUCCAGCAGGUACACGCACCGGGCCCACACGAAAACAUCAAAGUCGGGCGGAAACAUCGCCAUCUACAACCCUGACAGUCAACUCGUGAGACGAAUCACGAAUGAUGAUUUCAUCGAACAAGGCCUCUAUCUGCUGGAAAAGCCGUACACAAUAUACGUGGACACGAAAAACAACAUCUUCGUCACAGACUCUGGCAGUCAUCUCGUGUGUGGAUUCACUCAGAAUGGAGAGCUGUUGUUCGAGUAUGGAAACACAGACCAUGAUGAGGAGAUAUACCAGGGGCCGGAUGCCGUCUGCACAGACAAGCAGGGGAACGUGAUCGUCACGGACAGACGCGAGGGAAGGAUUGACGUUCUCGAUAAACACGGUCACCUUUUGAAAUGUCUCUAUCCCGAAGACAACAUCAAAUCGGUCUCAGUUUCUUUACCAGAAAACUUGCUCAUGGUUGCAACAGUCGAAGGAACAAUAAAAUUUUACGAGUAUUUGUAGAAGGAGACUAUUUUUAUUUAUUGUUGUUUCUUUGAUGCUGAUUUGUUGCUGAAAUCGUACAGUAGGCAAUCACUAUAAUUUUCACUUAUUUAUUAAACUUCUUACAAUCAGUAUAUUUUGGACAUACACGUAAUAUGAUAUAACCAAUGCUGGUGACACAGAGUAUUACAGGAACAGUCAAUCUCCAAAAGUUGGUAUGUUAUAUACAUUUAAGUCAUACUUGAACAUAAUCAAAUGCUAAUUGUAAACUGAUGGCGAGUGUGUUUUGUAUUGUGACUGGUUAAUUACAUUCUCUUUCCGGGAUCAAAUGAAAAUAACACCCGGAAAGGUAAUGACGUCAUUAGCAAUUGGA